ACUAUAUUUUGAAUUUGGUAACUUUUUAAUAUUGUAAAUAGCAACCCGUCACAGCAUAAAUAAAACGUCAAAAAUUGAGAAAUUCUACCAAAAUAUCAGACAAGGAAAAUUGUUUUUGUGGAAAUAUAGUUAGUGUAGUGUAUUAUUUCGUUAUUGUAACAUGUAAUAAACAAGCUAGGGUUCGGUCGAUACGCAAAUAUGGCUCUAAACCUAGAGAGCUGCGAUAGCCUGCCGCCGGACGAAGAACCGAAAUUGAAGUACGAUCGAAUGGGAAAUGAUGUCCAGAACAUCCUGCUGAAGGAUGCGGUGAGCUGCAUUUGCGUUCACACCAAGUUCAUUUGUCUCGGCACUCAGUGGGGCGUGAUACAUCUGCUGGACCACGAGGGAAACACGGUCCCUAUCGCACCGGGCGGCGAGCGCGAGCUGCAGGCGCACGCCAUCGCCGUCAACAACAUCUCUGUGGACCAGAAUGGCGACUACCUGGCCAGCUGCUCGGACGACGGCAAGGUGCUGGUGUACGGACUCUACUCGGACGACAACACGCACAGCCUGUCGCUCGGCCGCGUCGUCAAGUCCGUCGCGCUCGACCCUCACUACUUUAAAUCUGGCUCUGGCAGGAGGUUCCUCACAGGGGACAAUAAAUUGACACUGUAUGAGAAAACCUUCCUGAACAGACUGCGCAGCACUGUACUCUGUGAGUGUGAAGGCUACGUCCAAGCAAUGGCUUGGCAUGACAGAUUUGUGGCUUGGGCCAGUGAGGUGGGAGUCAGAGUCUAUGAUCUCUCAGCACGAUGCUCACUUGGUCUCAUUCAGUGGGAGAAAAGUCCCAGUAGAUCCAUAGAAGACUAUCGGUGUAACCUUCUGUGGUCAGCUCCUAAAACUUUAAUGAUUGGGUGGGUGGACACAAUUAGAAUAUGUGUUAUACGAAAACGAAGUCAUGUAGAAUUACAAACACGAGAUGUCACGGAAUACCUUGUGGAUCCUGUGUACACAUUUCAAACUGAAUAUUAUAUCAGUGGACUUGGUCCAUUGGAUGACCAGCUGGUGUUGUUGGGAGUACCAAAAGAAUGUGAUCCAGACACUGGCAAGGCACAGAGGCCAGUGCUCACAGUGUCAGACUACAAAGACUGUGAAUUUUGUGAAGUAUCUACAGACACCCUCAACAUUAGAGGCUAUGAAGAAUACUCCUGCAAUGACUACUAUUUGGACAUGCUUAUAGAAGAGAACAGAUUUUUUAUUGUGUCACCAAAAGACAUUGUUAUAGCUAGCCCAUAUGACAUUGAUGACAGGGUAAACUGGCUCACAGAACAUGAAAGAUAUGAGAAGGCUAUGUCUGUGCUUGAGGAAGCUGGCGGCAAGACAGCCAGGCAUACUGUUGUUACUGUUGGGGAGCAGUACUUAGAUCAUUUAAUGUCAAAACAUCAGUAUGAAGAUGCAGCCAUCCUGUGUGCCAGGAUAUGUAAAAAUGAUAAAGUUUUAUGGGAGUCACAAAUUAACAAGUUUGCUGCUGUCAACCAACUGAGAGCAAUCAGCCCAUAUGUGCCUCGAGCUCCUGAACAAGCUCUAUGUUCACAUGCAUAUGAAUUGAUCUUCUAUGAAUACCUCAAAGUUGAUCCACAAGGGUUCCUUAAACUGGUGCAAGAUUGGAAUCCGGCAUUAUACAAGACUGGUGUCAUAGUGAAAGAGGUAUUAGAACACUUGUUGACCACAGAGGUGGACAAACAUAUAUAUUUAGAAGCUCUAGCAUUACUUUAUUGCUAUCAAAAAAAAUAUGACAAGGCUCUUAAUACAUAUUUGUCACUUCAACAUAAAGAUGUCUUCAAAUUAAUCACAAAACAUAACAUGUACAAUGUUAUACAUGAUAAAAUACUGGAUCUGAUGACUCUCGACUGUGAUAAAGCAAUUGCUGUGCUGCUGGACAAAACAAAGGUUCCUGUUGAAGUAGUUGAAAAGCAACUGAAAAAUCAGGACAUGUUCCUUUUCAAAUAUUUAGAUGCUUAUAGUAAAAUAGAACCAAAUGGCAGAUAUCAUGGGAAGUUGGUAAGGCUGUAUGCUAAAUAUGCCAGAGAGAAACUUCUACCAUUUUUAAAAUGCAGUGACAAUUACCCCAUUCAAGAGGCCCUGGAUGUAUGCCAGAGCAACGAGUUCUAUCCAGAGAGAGUAUUCCUUCUUGGUCGCAUAGGAAACACAAGAGAAGCUUUACAAAUAAUUAUUGAGAAGCUGAAUGACAUCAACCAAGCUAUAAACUUUUGCCAGGAACACAAUGACAAAGAACUGUGGAGUGAUUUGAUAAAACACACAGUGGACAAGCCCGAGUAUGUCACAUUGUUGUUAAAGAGAAUAGGUAACUAUGUAGACCCACGCAUGUUAAUACAGAACAUACCCUCUGGUUGUGAAAUCAAGGACUUGAAAGAGUCUCUGGCGAAAAUGAUGUGUGACUAUCACCUUCAGCUGUCAGUUCAGGAAGCCUGCAAAGCUAUCACUUUGAAGAACUAUUUUGAAUUACAUAAAAAAUUGAUAAUUGGCCAGCAGAGAGGCAUAUCGGUGACAGACGAGGUGUCAUGCUGUGUCUGCCAGGGUCGUAUAAUAAUCAAGGACUUGUCUAAUGCUUCAGAUCUAAUAGUGUACAACUGUCGGCACUCAUUCCACAUUGAGUGUCUGCCGGAGGGUGUCCAGUGCAAUAACUGUUCCAUCUGUAGUGCAGUCAAAAUGUGACCCAUGUUAUUACUAAUGCUCAACAUUUAACUAUAGAUACAAACUGUGCAUAAUAUAAUAUUUUUCAAGUAAUAACAUUUCCCCCAUUAGUGUAUUGCAAUGUUAUCAAUCAGUAACAUAUAAAUAAAGUAAUAUAGUAUUAUUGUGUGUAGGUAUGUAUCACAAUUAUUGUUGUUAUGGUGCUUUUUUAUAAUGAAGUGGCUUGGAUAAUUUUCCUUAUUUUAGGUUAUUCUAUUAAAUCAUGACCUGUAUUAAA